AUGGACGCUCGCGUUCAGCUGCUCACACUGGCUGCGUAUGAGCGGAGGAGGAGGAGGAGCGAGACAGAGGGGUGUGAGGAGGAGCAGCGUCUCCUGUGUGAGCGCGGAGAAGGAGGAGGAGCGAGACAGAGAGUGUGUGGAGGAGGAGGAGGUCAGAAUGUGUGGAGGAGGAGGAGGUCAGAGUGUGUAGAGGAGGAGGAGGUCAGAGUGUGUGGAGGAGGAGGAGGUCAGUGUGUGUGGAGGAGGAGGAGGUCAGUGUGUGGAGGAGGAGGACAGAGUGUGUGGAGGAGGAGGAGGUCAGAGUGUGGAGGAGGAGGACAGAGUGUGUGGAGGAGGAGGAGGUCAGAGUGUGUGGAGGAGGAGGAGGUCAGAGUGUGUGGAGGAGGAGGAGGUCAGAGUGUGUGGAGGAGGAGGAGGUCAGAGUGUGUGGAGGAGGAGGAGGUCAGAGUGUGUGGAGGAGGAGGAGGUCAGUGUGUGGAGGAGGAGGAGGUCAGUGUGUGGAGGAGACAGAGUGUGGAGGAGGAGGAGGUCAGAGUGUGUGUAGAGGAGGAGGUCAGUGUGUGGAGGAGGAGGAGGUCAGUGUGUGGAGGAGGAGGAGGUCAGAGUGUGUGGAGGAGGAGGAGGUCAGUGUGUGGAGGAGGAGGAGGUCAGAGUGUGUGGAGGAGGAGGAGGUCAGAGUGUGUGGAGGAGGAGGAGGUCAGAGUGUGUGGAGGAGGAGGAGGUCAGUGUGUGGAGGAGGAGGAGGUCAGAGUGUGUGGAGGAGGAGGAGGUCAGUGUGUGGAGGAGGAGGACAGAGUGUGUGGAGGAGGAGGAGGUCAGAGUGUGUGUAGAGGAGGAGGUCAGUGUGUGGAGGAGGAGGAGGUCAGUGUGUGGAGGAGGAGGAGGUCAGAGUGUGUGGAGGAGGAGGAGGUCAGUGUGUGGAGGAGGAGGAGGUCAGUGUGUGGAGGAGGAGGAGGUCAGUGUGUGGAGGAGGAGGAGGUCAAAGAGUGUGGAGGAGGAGGAGGACAUAGUGUGUGGAGGAGGAGGAGGUCAAAGAGUGUGUGGAGGAGGAGGAGGUCAGAGUGUGUGGAGGAGGAGGAGGUCAGAGAGUGUGGAGGAGGAGGAGGUCAGUGUGUGGAGGAGGAGGAGGACAGAGUGUGUGGAGGAGGAGGAGGUCAGAGUGUGUGGAGGAGGAGGAGGUCAGAGUGUGUAGAGGAGGAGGAGGACAGAGUGUGUGGAGGAGGUCAGUGUGUGGAGGAGGAGGACAGAGUGUGUGGAGGAGGAGGAGGUCAGAGUGUGUGGAGGAGGAGGAGGUCAGUGUGUGGAGGAGGAGGAGGUCAGUGUGUGGAGGAGGAGGAGGUCAAAGAGUGUGGAGGAGGAGGAGGUCAGUGUGUGGAGGAGGAGGAGGUCAGUGUGUGGAGGAGGAGGAGGUCAAAGAGUGUGGAGGAGGAGGAGGACAUAGUGUGUGGAGGAGGAGGAGGUCAAAGAGUGUGUGGAGGAGAAGGAGGUCAGAGUGUGAGGAGGCGAUGGCAAAAACGUUAUUGA